AUGGAAUCGAAGAACCUGGCAAUCGAAGAGUUGCUAGUAAAGCUAGAAGUAGCUCGGGUUUCUGUUGGUGACAGGUUAGCGCAGAAGGAAAGAGCAAGAGAAAAAGCAUCCCGGAACCAUUCGGGAAGUCAAAUAAGCAGAAGACUUGCGUCUAAUGGGGUUAGUCGCUCAGUGGCAGCUUCUCAAUUCGUUAACGUUGGUGAAACUGAUGAGGAUUUGAUUCACAGAAAGAAGAAAUCGCCGGUAGCUCGCUCAAUUCAAGGAACUACUCCAAAUCAGGUAAUUCAGUGGCCUUUGCAAGGUGACUUGAAUACGAGAUUUUUCCACAAAGGGGAAUCGCGUAAUAUCACCGAGCUCAGUCAGGAUAUGUUUUCAGUUAUUGAAGCUAUCAAAGUGGACGCCUCAGAAGCGGAACUAUUGGAGACCGGAGGGGCCCCUAUAGAACAACUUCCCUCAGAUGGAGAAGAUGGAGAUACGGAAAUAUCAAUCCGGGUGAAGGAAGAGUGGGGCCGGUUGGAUCAAACUGUGAUCCAUACUUCAGAAAGCUUCCUCUUCAUUUUGAUAUUCAUUCCUUUUUGA